AUGUCGGUGAACGAGAAACGCUAUUCCCACAUCACUACAAACCCUCCAGCUGCGAGUUCCUCCACGUCGGACCGUGAAGCGCUUGACCAACGAUUGCAGCGCCUCUCCGACGAAGUCCUCCCCCCUGUUCCUUAUCUGCUCACAUUUCCAACCAAAACGCCUUUCAAUCUGGGGAACCGAUCCGUCAACAAUUGGGCCGUGGGACAUGAUAGGCCGUUCGGUUUGGAGGAGCAGCAACUACAGUACAUGACCUUCUUGACACACCACGACACAGAUUCGUUGCUUCUAGCUGUUGGGGAUUGGUCGGACGAGACGGGCCGCAUGAUGGUCGAUCGACCGACGGCUCCAAGCGCUGGAGAAAGUCAAAGAGAACCUGUGACUAAAAAGAAGAUCAGUCUCAAGGACUACAAGUCUCAAAAGACAAGUGGCGCUGCUGCAUCCCCCAUGGGCCGCGAAGCGAGUAUCCGAGGUGCAUCAAGCGCUAUAAGUUCCGAGGAAAGAGGACAGUCCAUGUUUUUGGGCCCAUCCAAGAACAGCGACAAGUCUAAAAUGCUUCGGAUGCCGUCAAAACCGCACCCACGUCUCUCUCCCGAAAGAGCGGGCCAGAAACGGUCAUCUGGAUCGGAACUUGAAUUGCCCAACUCUUUAGGAACCAAGAAGCCUGAAGUAUACCCGACCAAAAGACCGCGAUUGUCUCCUGAGAAAGAAACUCGGCGAGAGUCCAGCCCUUCAAAAUUGCAUUCCCCUAAGCUACCUGCACUUCUGUCGCCCACCCUCCCACCAACUUCGAGUGGACCUAGACUUCCACGCUUACUGUCUCCUACCCUCCCACCAGACAUUGAAAGGGAACUGGCCCGUCUUGAGAACUGCUCGCCAUCUCGUAGUAGUCGAGCUGAAAAGGCGUUGCCUGCGAGAGAUUCUAAUUCCCAUGAACAUACAGGAGACCAGAUCCGGGCCAGCCAGCAAAGCAUGCAACUAAUCGCCAAACUGCGUUAUGGGAGAGCAAACCGAAAGCGCGUCGAGGCUCUACUUAAAUUUUCCGGUAAAAGAAAAGCACAUCGGUCAGAUUCACCGGCCAGCCAGGAUACAGAUCGAGGUGAUGUUUCCCAUACCAAAAAGAAAGGAGGGGAUCCUGUUUCAUCCCGCGGGAACGCUUCAUCUGGGGAUUCGAAAGGCAAGAAGCAUGAAAGCAAUGAAGCCCUUGAUUUUCAAGGUGAUCGGUUCAAAGAGCCAAAAGGAUUUCCCGAAAAACCUCGAACGCCUGUAGCUCAACUAAACGUGACAUCCCAUUCAAUUGCACAUGAAAAAACCAAAGCGACUUCCAUCACACCCGUGAAGGACUUGAAACCUCUGUCAGCUCGUCGGAGCGAUCUUGGAGUGACCGAUGGCAAAACUCCUCAUCUCGCUAAUAAACGUCAUUCCGUUGAGCCUGGGCCGGCCACGAAAGCUUCUCCGACGCAGGCAGAUGGCCGCACGCGCAACGAACGGCAGGCGUGGUGGGAUGAGUGGCAAAGAUUCGCGAACAUCGGUCGUGAACUGAAACAUGCCGCAGAGCGCCAUACCUCCAGGAAUGGAACUUCGGCUACUGAUGAAAAGCUGGCCGUUGUGACUGCCAUCGAGGCAUUGCUUUCAUUUAUUAUGGCUUUUGUGGCGAACGACCAGGCCAAGGCUUCAUCGCGCCAGAUUGGGGAUUCUUCAACAUGGCUGUCGAUUGUGCCAUACUGGCGUGUGGUCAAGAAGAACAGUUUACCGUAUCCGGCACUGAACAGCCUUUGCCUGCUCCUCGGGGCCAUCUCCUUUACUGCCAUUCACACUCUCGAUCUUGAACGCCUUGCCAUAACCCCAAUCCCUGGAGAAUACCCCCCAGUUCCCACGCCUGGGAGCGAUAGCAACGCAGGCCUAUCAGAUGAAAACAAGAAAAGUAGGAAGGAGUUCUCAGAUUUAAAGACCCGACUUCCCGAGUCCUAUAAGGAUUCUCAACGACUGUGGCUAGAGGGCACCCGGGGUCUCUCUGAAGACUUCCUUGGCCGUGAGUUUCCCAAAAUCUGGUCUCAGAGAUCCCGGAAUUACUCCGAGCGAGGCCAAACCGUUCUCAAGGCUGGUGACUACGCUGGAAGCUAUUUCCUACCGCUUGGUGGUACUACCCCGCCUAUCGAAGUGGUUCGGUUCGGCUGGUCCCUCCUGAAAGAGUGGUGCUCGAAAGAACGAGUGGAGUGGAACGGGCGACUUGGUCUUUGA